GUUUGCUUUGCUUUUUAUCAAUGGCCACUUUUCCUUACUACACCCUUCAUCCUCUAUCUUCUUCUCUCACUCCUUCUUCUAAAGGCUCUGUUCAUCUUUGUCCAUGCUCUUCCACACGUUCUCGCUCUCUUCCCCAAUUCCCUUCCAAACUACGACGCAAAGCCACCAUCAAGCCGAGGCUGUUGACGAUCAUCGACCCCAUUUUGCUCUUUAACGGCGUCGCCACCACUUUCUAUUUCGACACGCAAACACUUAUCGUCACUGUCAGUGUUUUGGCCGCCAUUGCUCUUUCUCUCUUCCUUGGCCUUAAGGGUGAUCCGGUGCCUUGUGAGCGCUGUGGUGGCAACGGUGGCACAAAAUGUGUAUUUUGCAACGAUGGCAAGAUGAAGCAAGAAAUGGGGUUAAUUAACUGUAAAGUAUGCAAGGGUUCAGGAUUGAUAUUCUGCAAGAAAUGUGGAGGUUCUGGCUAUUCCCGUCGGCUAUGAGCUGUGAAAUUCGUGUUAUAUCUAAAAACCAUCUGUUCUGAAAUAUGUAAGGUCUUGUAACAAUUUUAUUGUCCAUAGUGUCUUUUUUCUGUGAAUCAUUUUAAUCACGUUAAUCUGCGGCCCUUUGAGGUAUUGGCCAAUUGCUUUUGCAUAAAAUCAGUCAAAUUUUGAUCUUAUGUUAAAUUUUCGUUGCGGAGA